CCCCGGGUUUUUAUCAUAAAUGAAGUCGAUUCAUUCCUGGGAUUUGAUUUAAAUUUAUAAAAAAGGAUUGAACAAAUGGAUAACGCGAUGGAUGUGGGCGACGUUAAGGAUCUGCUGACCGACCUUGUUGAUGUCCUCCAGCACGAUCCUAAAAUGUUGGCCGUAAAACGAUUGAUUCAGUGUUUUAAUGAGAUGCAAAAUAAUACUGAGAAUUUAUUAUCCACGAUUUUGGAGAAGCUGAUAUUAGCAAUAAAUGCGACUAUUGAAACAAUCUCCAUAACCGAUCUUAAUGAUUUGCUGUACGAUUUGAUUGAUAUCCUUCAAGAGGAACCCACCGGAUUGGCCAUGAAGCGAGUGCUACGAUGCAUCUUUAACAUGAUCCAUAAUAGAAAUGUGAACUUAUCUCCAAGGAUUUUCAAGAAAUUAAUCUCCACGAUGAUUGCUGCCUCUACAAAUGAUGUUAUGGCCUCCACGAAGGAACAUCGUCAAUUGGUGGCCAAUGUCUUGGCGUGUGUACAACUCCAGGUGACAAUGUUUCCAAGUGCCGAGGACAAACUGUGGCUAGACCAGUUGUGGUCACUCAGUCUCAAUGGCGAACAGGUUUAUCCUUUUGCUGGGCAGAUACUCGUUCAGUUUAUCGAUAAUAUUGUUCGUGAUAUUGGACUGGACCGGUGUCCAGAAUUGUUGUCAGUCAUUCAACAUUUACUCCAAUCAAAGGAUAUAAAUGAUCGGCAAGCUGCCCAUUUUCUUAUGCAUAAGCUAGAGGGAAUCUUCAGUAUCAUAAAUUCAGUUGGACAUGCCAUAAAAUGCCCUCUUCAGCAGUGGUCGGACUACAUUUCUGCAUUGGAGUCUUUGGAGAAACAUCAGAUGCCCUUAAAGUUAGUCAGUUUGUUAAAGAAUCUCAAAUCCUCCAAUGAUCUUUUACAUUGGCAGCGUAUUUUGUAUCUAAGGCUACUUCAAUCGGAGAAUAUCUUAGUUGUCUAUGAAACAGUCAAGUAUAUUGUAACCCAUUUGAAGAUGUCUGACUUAACUGAGUGGAAGCUAAUGGAAGACUUCCUAGUUGCAACAAAUAGGACACAGUUGUACAAUGUCGAUGAUGGCGAUAAUGAUCGUUCUUCUCCUCUCUCCAAUUGUUUUGUAACAACAAGUGAAUUAGAAUCCUUUUUCGAAGCCCUGGUCAACGUUCCUUGGCAAUGGCAAAGUGUUCCAUUGCACGAAUGGCUCAAAAAUUUGCCAAAAGAGGACGAGGAACGUUUUUCGUGUAUUUCCAUUAAAUCGCUGUGCAAUCUCGCCUUUCGAGUGCAAAGAAUAAAACUGGGAGAAAUUAAGAACGAGGCUCAGGACCGGGUGAUACAAAUAUUCCAUGUCACACUUGAUAGUUUGUCUCUGAAGGAUUAUUUGCUCUUCAUUGGGAUGAUGUAUCAUAAAAGUAACAACUAUUCCGAUCAUGACAGAUUGGAGUAUAAAAUUAUUAAAUGCGAUAAUUUUCAAAUGCAUAUAGAAUAUUUCAACGAAGCGCUUUGGCGUAUUAUAUUCAAUCAACGUAUGGAAGAAUAUGAGAUCAUAAGUGCUCUAAUUGAAAAGCUAGAAAUGUUACCGAAGGAUCAGCAUGGAUCCUUACAACUUUUAAUUAUAUCAAAAGCAACAUCUCGGGGUUCCCAACAAAUGUAUGACUUUUAUUACACAGAGUAUGAUGUGGACAUUGCUUUGCUUUUACAUGGUGAUAAUCUGGCUGAAUUAUGCAGUCAUUUGAUUGAUAAACUAAUGUGGACUACUGACGAGGAGGUGGAAUUUAUUGUGAAACUCUCCACUGAUAUAUUUGUCCACAAUCAUAUAAAGAAAUGGUCUGACAUUGAAAGGUUGUGUUUGAAGCCACUGGAUUUACUUAACCAGGGGGGACUUGAAACUUAUGUGUUAUUGGAGCAAUUUUAUGGAAGAAUGAACGGUCGAUUCCAGGACGAGAAUGUAUUUUCUGCAUUUGUCUCUCUAUUAAAAAUGUUUCCAUAUUAUAUUAGAGCCAAAAACAUUGGCAAUUAUGCAUCAAAACAUAUGAGUAUUAAGGAACAAAAUACUCUUUCUGUAGAUAUAAUACGCGAACAUAUCAAGGUCAACACAGAUUUAAUUCUCGGACUAUUAUGUUCUAAAAUUAAAGUGCCUCUACAUCAAAUUCUUCAAGGAAUUAUCCAUAAUACAAAUCUUUCUGAAGUUGAAUGGAUUGAGGAAACAUAUUUAAAUUCAGUUUGCGUGGAAGCUUUGAGAAAUUCGUUUAUGACUUAUGCCACACGGCAAUCUGAUCGCUUUGUUAAACUAAUUGGUGAUCAAUUAUUGCUUAUGAACAAGGAAUUGUGUGAAUCGCAACCCCAUUAUCUGAUCAACUCCAAGGAGCAUAGAACAAAAUUUAGCAUUGCUUUAGCAUUGCUAUAUCUAGAAAAGAAAUAUAUAUGCUCUGAUCAGCUAUGGUUGACAUUGUUUUCAUCAAACGAACAGUUCAAUAUUACAUUAUUGUAUGAAAGGAUAGUGGCCGGAACACUUCGUGAUCUGGCGUUCCUUUUGGAGCGUUUGCAGUCAAUGUCCACACUUGAGACAAGUCAGCAAAUCUCCUUACUUUCUGUAACUCAUAUUUAUCUUGUCCUAAAGGAGAAAGAUACCUUAAACUAUGAGCGCGUUCAGAAUAUUUUCACCUUAUUGCUGACCCUAAGUAAGGAAACAAAUGUACAAGUCGGUAAAUUUGCAAUGUUGAUCUUAAACCAAUUAAUCACAAUGUGCAGGGAGAAAGGGUACAAAAUUCCAAUAGUUAACAAUUUGCUGGCAUCAGUUGAAGUAAAUUUGGCAAAUAUAUCAGCUGGACCUCAAUUAGAAGCUCGGCUUUUAUUACCUGCGAUUCCAUACACAACGACUGAAGGCUAUUGGGCAUUCUAUAUGUCAAAUACAGAACCUCGUCAUUUGUCCGGUGAUGAAUUAAGAAAAGCUAAACUAUUUCGAAAAGCCAUCAAACAAGCAUAUAUUGAAACCAAUCCAGCGAAUGAAAAUAGCAGUUAUCCGAUAAGUGCUAUAUAUACCCAACCAGAUCUGGAGUCACAGUAUAUAUCAACUAAUUAUGCCGAUCUCAUUGUAGUAGCUGUUUUCAUUAAUAAUCCGCCGAGUUUAGAUGAUUUAAUGCAAACCUGCCGAGCACUCGGUAUUCAAACGUUAAUAGUGAACGAUUCCAUAAAUUUAAGUCAAACCACUCAUGAUGCCUUGAAUAUAGUUAAAUUAAAACUGGAAACUCUCAACGAAUAUUUGCGGAAACAAAAAUUAAAGAAUUAUAAUAUAGUUGCCACCCAAAAUACCGCUCAAAGUUCAGAAUUUGUGGAUUUUACUUUCGCUAAGAGGACAAUUUUGCUAUUGGGUCACGAACAAGAUGAAAUGGCGGAGAAUUUAAAGUGUUUCUUGAAUAACACAGUUGAGAUACCACAAAAUGACUUUCAGUAUGCACAAAAAUUGCUAAUUUUUAAGUACUACAAACAAUAUUCGGAAAAGACCACAAACGUUUUGCCAUUUCAUUAUUUAAAAUUGUAGCAGCUACAUCACAUUCUUAGAAACUAAAAAUAUUAAAUUAUGGCGCGUUCUUGAUUAAUGUCUGGCAACGCCAUAUUUUUGGUAUAAAAGUA